AGUUUUCCAGACGCUAUUGCAGAUUUAGAAAGUCUGGUGGAGUUACGUCUGAAUAGUAAUAAAUUGACAAAAUUACCCGCUUGUCUGAAAAAACUAAAAAACCUUUCGCGAUUAGAUCUUGGAAACAAUAACUUAGAAGCAAUAAAUGGCAUCGACAAACUACGCAAAAUUCAAAUAUUAGUUCUGGACGGUAAUAAACUUUCAUCUGUGAUAAGAGAAAUCUCUAAUUUAAUACAUUUGGAGAUAUUAAGUUGCAAUAACAAUCGAAUUACCGACAUACCUCACGAUGUUCGGCAUUUACAAUCACUCUCUGAUGUUGAUAUAUCGAACAACCGUCUUAAAGUGCUUAACCCGGAGGUAUUUAAAUUGCCGAAUUUAGACGCAUUUAAUGCUAGUCAAAAUGACAUUAGCAAAAUUCCAUCAUUUAAUGUCCAACUUCAUCAUAAAAAAUGGAUAUCAAUGUUAGAUAUUUCA